UCCCUCCCUUCUGCCCCCCCCCCGGCCCCCUCCCGCGCGGCGGCAGCGGUGGCGGCGGUGGCCCCCCCCUCCCGCGCUCCCGGGGAAGUGCGGUUCCGCGUGCGCGCGCGGCAGGCUGAAGUUGGACGAUUGUAAGGAUUAAUCAUCUGUCAAAUAUUUAAUAAUCAUUUGUACAGAAAAUUUCCCGCAUUGUUCAUGGAGUUUUUCAUCAGUAUGUCUGAAACCAUUAAAUAUAAUGACGACGAUCACAAAACUGUGUUCCUGAAAACAUUAAAUGAACAACGUUUGGAAGGAGAAUUUUGUGACAUAGCUAUCGUGGUUGAAGAUGUUAAAUUCAGAGCACAUAGAUGUGUCCUUGCUGCCUGCAGUACCUACUUCAAAAAGCUUUUCAAAAAACUAGAAGUUGAUAGUUCAUCAGUAAUAGAAAUAGAUUUUCUUCGUUCUGAUAUUUUUGAGGAAGUUCUCAAUUAUAUGUACACUGCAAAGAUUUCUGUUAAGAAAGAGGAUGUAAAUUUGAUGAUGUCUUCAGGCCAGAUUCUUGGUAUUCGAUUUUUGGAUAAACUUUGCUCUCAAAAACGUGAUGUAUCUAGUCCUGAAGAAAACACACAGUCCAAGAGCAAGUAUUGUCUAAAAAUAAACCGUCCUAUGGGGGAACCUAAUGAUACCCAAGAUGAUGAGGUGGAAGAAAUUGGAGAUCAUGAUGAUAGUCCAUCAGAUGUGACAGUGGAAGGAACUCCCCCAAGUCAGGAAGAUGGAAAAUCACCUACCACUACCCUGAGAGUGCAGGAGGCAAUUCUGAAAGAGCUGGGAAGCGAAGAGGUUCGAAAAGUAAACUGCUAUGGCCAAGAAGUAGAGCCUAUGGAAACAACCGAAUCGAAAGACUUAGGAUCUCAGACCCCUCAGGCUUUAACAUUUAAUGAUGGCAUAAGUGAAGUGAAAGAUGAACAGACACCAGGCUGGACCACAGCAGCUGGGGAUAUGAAGUUUGAGUAUUUGCUUUACGGUCACAGGGAACACAUUGUAUGUCAGGCUUGCGGUAAGACCUUUUCUGAUGAAGCGCGAUUGAGAAAACAUGAAAAAUUACACACUGCUGAUAGACCAUUUGUUUGUGAAAUGUGUACUAAGGGCUUCACCACGCAAGCUCAUUUGAAAGAGCACCUGAAAAUACACACAGGUUACAAGCCUUACAGUUGUGAGGUAUGUGGAAAGUCUUUUAUUCGUGCACCAGAUCUAAAAAAGCAUGAGAGAGUUCACAGUAAUGAGAGGCCGUUUGCAUGCCAUAUGUGUGAUAAAGCCUUCAAGCACAAGUCCCACCUCAAAGACCAUGAAAGAAGACACCGAGGAGAGAAACCUUUUGUCUGCAGUUCGUGCACUAAAGCAUUUGCUAAAGCGUCGGAUCUAAAAAGGCAUGAGAACAAUAUGCACAGUGAAAGAAAACAAGUUACUACAGCCAAUUCCAUCCAGAGUGAAACAGAACAGUUACAGGCAGCAGCUAUGGCUGCUGAAGCAGAGCAGCAAUUAGAAACUAUAGCUUGUAGUUAAAAACUAAAGCAGAAACUUUAUCAGAAAUAAUAUAAGAAAUUAAAUUGAACAAAAUCUAUUGUUGGUAUAUGUUUAGACUGAGAAUUAUCUUUUCAAGAAAACAUAUUUUUAGAGGAUUUGAAUGCUACAUAGGAACACAUAGCAUUGCUUGUUUAGGUAUUUUAAAACAUUUCAGAGAUGGGUAUUCUUAGAAUAUGAAAUCAUUUUGUUGUCGUUAGCAGUAUAAUGCACUAGUACCUGAUUUAAUUUGAGAAUAUGAUCAAGUUCCCUAUAAAACAGGGAUCGUCACUGGCUGACGUUUCAUCCAGUAUGGAAUACUGCAUACGAUGUAGACAUCGAAAUCAGUGAGUUACGUUUAAAAAUGCUGAGAUCUCAUAAAAUAACAACCAUGGAAAGGAAAUACUUGUUUUACAUAAGUUUGAAAAUGUUAUACCUGCAACUUUUGAGAAACAGAUGUUGAUGCCCUAGGGUUUUUAGUUCGUGCUUUUUCACGUAAUGCAGGUGCUAGAGGUUGGUACAACAGAGUGUAAGGGAGGAUGGUGAUCAAAAUCAAAUUGCUUCUUUCUCCAUUCCCUCAGACAUCCUCUUAUUUUAAUCAAGGUGGCAAGUUUAAUGAAAUACUUGCUUUCCUGAAAAAAAUGCAUUAUUUGCAGUGGUCCUGUCUGGCAAAGCAGAAGGGUCGUGGCAUUCACAAAUCCUGUCUGUGGGGAAAAGAGUCUGCCUCAUUUGUUUCUACGUUCACUCUUAGGCAGGCCCCUGGAGAUGGGACAGAGCCACGAAGAACAAAGGGUGCAGCAUGGAGAAGGAGAUAUUUUCCUUACUCAGACCCAGUGGAAAUUAGUUAAAGCCAAUACAGCCUGAGGCUGUAGUUUUUAUUAUGCAUCUUUCAGUUCACCUAAGCUAGCAGAACUGAGGCAAAGGAGUGUUUCUGGCAGCGCGGGAGGAUUAGCUGCAUUGGUGAGUGACCAAGCGUCACUGCCAGACCUCCGCAGCUGCAGAGCACAGCCAUGGGCUAUCGCAUACCUGCCCACAGCUUUCAGGCUGAGUUUUGUGUCAUGGCUGGUCAUACCAGCUAAUAGGUCCUGCUCAAGUUUAAAAGCUUCUGCGUUCUGGCACACCUCAGCAAGAGGGAGACUUCAGAGAGAGAUUUCAGUCAUAAUUGAUCCAGAAUCAGUGUUCGCUAAUAGUCUGUUACUUAGAGUUGCCUAUUUUUUUUUCAGACAAGCUGGGGUAGAUGCUGCUUAUUUAACUGCUAACUCACAGAGUCGGCAAAAUAAAUGGUCUUUGGAUUGCAGUCUGCUACGUGUAGUCAAGGAGAGAAGACACAGUAACAGCGGUAAUGUAAUCCAAAGGGAUAUCGAGCCUUUAUUUUAAAUUUGUAAAUACUAUAACUGUUGUCAAAACUUCAUUUGAAGUUGUAAUGGGAAAAAAAAAUGCACUCUUUGGCAUGUGGUUGGAUAACAUUGAUCACUUGCGAUACCUAGUGUUAGACCAGUUUCUGGUAAGUUACUGUGUGGUAGAUCACAUCUUGCUUUUCUAAAUAGAAAUUGAAAAUAGCAUUUUUGGAACUGUUAUAUGGAACUUUGAUUAUUGUUUUUUUGUUUGGUUGGGUUUUUUUUACAGCUUCAUUUUAUUCAUGUACUCAUCAGGUUAAGCAGUUAUCUUAAAAUGCCAAUAAUUGUUUGAAAGCUGGUCUGUAAAUAAAACAUGAACUUAAUACUUUAGAAAAUGUAAACUUUGGACCUUUACCAAUAUAUUUUUUUAAACUGUUGCUUCAUUUUACAUUCAGUAAUAUUAGUUUGUAAACAAACUAUACAUUUUGUAUCUGUGCAACAUCAGAGGAUGUGUAUUCAUUGCAUUUUAUUGGUUCUCUUGAGGAACAUGAUAAAUGACCAUUGUUAAAAUGUUUUACUGUAUAUGAUCAUAGAUAUAAAGAUAGUAGGUCCAAAAAGGGAUCUACUUUUUUUUUCUAAAUGUACUAGCCUUGCUACGUUUUCUUAUCUAAAAUUGUCUUCAGUUUUUCUUAAACGAUAAAAUUGGUGCUGAUAAGUCCAUACAAAACAUAUCUGUUGUGAUAAGAGUUCAAAAUUGUAAAAGAUGAAGAAAGUGAAUUUUCUCUAGGUCUUCUAUGAAGAAUACAGGAAGUAAUGAGCUUAAAUUACAGCAGUGAACAUUUAUAUUAGACAUUAGAAGAAACUUUUAAAGGGUUGAAUAAUGAGUUAUUAGAACAGAAUGCCCGGGGAGGCACUGCAGUCUUCACUAGUGGUGAUAUUUAAGAACAGGUUAGACAAACAUUUGUUAGGAAUGGUUUAAAUGUAGUUAAUUCUGUCUUGAAGCUGAGGGAUAAGUUAAAUAACCUCUCAACAAGAGCAUCAUUUUUUUUUUGGAAAAAAAAUGUAGUAAAUGAAAAUGGAGAUCCUUGGGACAGCAGAUGCUUGAAUGGAAAGACAGAGCUCAAAGCUUAUGGUUGAAGAAAAUCAUCCUCUGACAUUUGAGCACAGGCAGUCAGGCUGUGAAUUUGAAAUUGUUAUAGAAAAACAGGCUUGCAUUAAAAGAUACACAACUGAAAGUGUGAUGAUGUUGUGUUUUACAUCAGAGUAAAUUUUGCUAUUGUUAAAGCUUACAGCUCUAAGAAUUAUACGAGGUUACAUCUGUAAGGUUUACAUGAUGUUUGUAGCUUUUUAAAACUGGGACUGAUUGAUAUUAUACAUACCGUAAUACAAAAGUGUGCAGAGGCAGGAACAAAUGUUACUGUCUCACAUUGCUUGGACAGGCAUAAACACCUUACAUGAGACUUGGUCUUAACAGUCUGUCACAGGAAAAGUUCAGUGAAACCAGUGGAAUUGUUCCCAUGUCAAAGAUUUUGAAAGGGGCCUUGACCUCUUACUGGCUUUUAGCUGCUUAGAGCCGGAAAACUGCUUAAUGUUCCUGGGACCAAUGAUGACAAUAAUCAUCAGGAAGGGAAAGGCUUAGUUGUUUUUAUGAAGUUGAGAAUUUUAUUGGUGAUUUCUACUACUGCUGUCUGUUUGAAGUAUGUGAAUUUUAUUUUUUUUUUUGAAAGCCAAUAGAUAAUUUUUUCUUCCCUUCUCAAUUGUUUUUAUUCAAGACAGGGAGAAGGCCUAGAAUACUUAAGCUUAAACUUUUGGAAAAGGUUUCAGAGAGCAAGUGUGGAGGUAAACUUGGCUGUACAUUAUUGUUAAUGUGU